CGCACCGCACGUCAUCAGUGGCUAGAAACCCGUGGAUAUGCCCCAAGAAGAUGGCCGCUUCCAUAGUCUUUGUCUAUGGCGGCUUCGAGCAGUUGUGUGUUGCCUGUUUCUAUCAAUAUGGAAAAAAUGCAGCAAAUUUUGAAACUAGUGAAUGGUGAUGAUAAUCCAUUUAAGUGCGCUGUUUGUAAUCAUUAUUUGUCAAUAUCGCCCAUUGUGCACAAUGAUGUUUUGGGUAGCAUUUGCGGACGAGACCGCUGUAAGAAGUUGGCAGUUUCGCAAGGUACAAAUUAUCGACAAAAAGCCUAUGAGGGGUUAGCAAAAGUUUUUGAAUUUCCAUGUAAGAACGAAGAAAAUGGAUGCAAGGAAGUACUUCCAUGGAAUGAAAUAGGAGAACACGAAUUAAUUUGUGAAUUCGUUAAAUUAUGCUGUCCCUUUUCGACCGACCAAUUUGAAGAUAAAAAAAAAAUAUGUACAUGGGAAGGAAACACAUCUGAAAUCUUAGGUCAUAUGGAAGAAGUUCACUCGCCACAUAGGUUCGAAAAUUAUGUACAGAUCAGUCUUGAGCAAGAUAUAAAGAGAAAUAAAUUAUUGUUUUCAAGGAUUCAAGAUAAUAUUGUGGUACUUUUGAUAAUUGUGAAUGCAGAAUCUGACACUUAUUAUUGGAAAGUAUGGACAGUUCCAGAAAUUUGGAAAAACUUAAAUUAUAAAAUUGAAAUUUCUUCAGAAAAACAACAAACCUUGACUGUAUCAAAAUUCCAGAAGGCUGGAUUCUUACACCCUACUUUCUUCAAAAGUAAAAUUGAUAACAGCUGGUUCAAAAUCAAUGUUGAUUCUAUGAAAAAUUUGUUUGAUUCUCCUUACUUUUUGACCACUAAGUUUUAUGUGAAGGGAUUUCUAAUUGGUUCCCCAGAGAAUCUUUCUUGUCACGACAUAAAUUCAUUAUUGCCAAUGCCAACUAUAACAUGCGGUAAAUGUAACAAACCAGCAGAAAAUUUUAUUUAUGUUUGUAGAAAUGAUAAAGCCCACAAAUUUUGUGGUAUGUGUGGCUAUGUUACUAAAUGUGCUUGCUGCAGUGGUCCCUUGGAUAAAACCCUUGUUCUAAAGAUCUUGAAAGCACUUUUCAAGGAAUCAUUUGAAUAUUGCACAUUGUGUGAAGAAAACGUUCAAUGUCUAUCUGCCCAUUUGAGUAAUCAUCACCAUGAGUUUAUUUUCCAACUUGGCAAAUGUCAUAAUUUCAGGUCGAAAUAUCAUUUUUUCUCUUUUGAUGAUCAUAUCUUCCUUUUAUCAAAAAACAUCAACGAAAAUUCAGAUCUUACAUUCUCAGUGCGCUGUUUAGGAAGCAAUACUGUUGAUUAUAAAUACGAACUCAAGUUGGUGAGCACCAAACCUCCAUAUUCUGCAAUUACAUUUACUAACUUUUGCUAUUCUGAAUUGAUUAAUUAUUUAAAUCAUACUAUUGGGGAUAAUUUGGAUACAAGUUGCUUUCAUGAAACAUUAAUACCUGGAACCUUUUAUAAUUCAAUUUUUCCUUAUGUUAAUAAUAUGGAUAACAUCGAGUUCAAAUUGAAUAUCUUCAAAAUUUGAACUAUUUGAGUUUUGGAUUGAUUUUUUUUUUUAUUAAGAAGUUUACAUACGUUUGCAAUUACCUAGUGCCUUAGAAUAUUCCUUGCAUUGAAUAAAGAUGCAGUACUGUUUUCAAAAUGUUCAAUAUAAUAUGUGAUCAUUCAUUAUAAGACUGACUGUCCAAAUAUACUUGAAAGAUUAAAUAUCCGCAUACCUCGCUUGAAUAGCAGACUUGAGGAUAGCGUAUAUUUGUCAAAACCAAGAACUAAUAUGCUUGUCAAAUCACUAAUACUAAUCAUCUACUGCAUGUGCCGCAAAUUUAACUCCCUAGGUGAUAACAUAGAUAUUUUUUGUGGUUCCAUUAGGAUAUUUUAAUAUUAAGUGAGGGAGUCCUUAUUUCGACUACAAUCUGAAUAGUUGUGACUGGUGGCCACACACAUGUUUCCUGACAUUUUGGAUUCUACGGGUUGUUAUUUCUCUACAUUAUUGACUGGGUCCUAUUUGAAUUGUUUCUGUUGCAGAAAUAAACUUUGUACUUAUGUGUAUUGAUGUUGUGUAACUGGGGAUUGCUUCCUGUGUAAACAAUAAACUAUUUUUUUAUUUU